UGUCAAACGGAAUGGCCAUAAAUCGACUGUGUGCGAAAAACAACAGAUCCUUUUUUUUUGCAUCCCACCAAGAAAGUGUGCAAUUUUGAUUUGUGUGUUUCCCGAGUUGAAACUAUCAAUUCAUUGAACGUUGUGCUUGAAUAAGACGAUUGUUUCUGACUGCCAUGCAGUGUUUAUAUUGUGAUAGUUUCUAGAAUUCACAGAAAAACCGUUUGCAAAGAAAUGCUGCAUACCAUGCAGUGUUAAAUCAGAUUCUUUUUUUUUUUUUGUUUAUUGUUACCUGAGCGGAAAUUGGUGCAUGCAUGCAUGCAUGCACACUCGCACCAAGAACUAUGGCAGCCUUAUUAGCGACGGUGUCAGCUACGCGACGAGUCGCAUACGCAACGCAAGAGCGCAAACAGGCGCUCUGCUACGUGUUUGUUUACAUUUUCUGUCUGCAGGUUAUCACGACCAACACGCGCACAUCAACGCUGUGGAAGCUCAACGCGGAACAGGGCAAAAUUGUGAGUGUGUCAACCGGAAGGCAUGCAGCGAGGGAUUCCCUUGCUGGUUUCACGCUGGAAGAUGGUGAUUUUCUCCAUCCGGAUGAACUCGACGAAGACGAGGAGUCAACGUUUACGAUAAUCACGGCAACGGCGGCCAACAGUAGGCACAAUACUUGGAAUCGUGGCGAGGGAACAACGGAGGAACUUUUACGACGGUUGGGUGAAGACACUGCGAAUCACGCACCAUCACAAACUACAAAUGGUAGCAGCGAGGAUACGGUUUUAACAUCAUCCAAAGGCAAUACUGAUGAUUACACGAGCCAACCGGAUAAAAGAUCGUCUGCUGAACCACUAACGUGUGGCAAACCGGUCAAUUUCACCCAUUACGAUGACCUGGUAGGUGUGGCCCAACGGUACGAACACAAUCUAGCGCCUGAGCCAGAAGUGGCGUAUUUAUUUCUCAAGCGAAAAUCCGGCCAAUCAUUGGACCACUUCAACAUCGAUGCACUCGAACGAAGGCUGCGUCGUGCCAAGAAGGAACAACCUCAAACCAUCCAGCUGUGGAAUCAAAUUGGUAACUUUUGGCGCAUCAAGGGCAAUGCCGGCCAUGCGAUCGAGUGCUUUCGGCGGGCCCUUUCCGUUGCACCGACCAACGCCGACACGUUGCUCAAUCUGGCGAGGGUGCUGUUCAACCUGCAAUACCUGGAUGAUGCGAUAAGUCUCACCAAGCGAUCGCUUGAGGUACAUCCGGCGGAUCGUAGCGCUUGGCGACAGUACUUCACACUUGGGGAGAUUUUCAAAGCUUACGGACAGCUUUCGGAUUCGAUACUGCAUCUGAAGCAGGCGCUAGCCCUGUAUCCGCACUACGAACCGAUCAGGCGACUGAUUGCCGAGGCGGAGAAGAUUGAGUUCGCGUCCAACACGACGCGAAUGCAGUUUUACACCGGACUUAUCAUUGUAAUGCUGUCCCUAUUCGUAUUGCUCAUGGUCUCCCUAAUGCUGAGAUCGCGGAGCUCGGGCAGUGGCUUUUUUAGUUCCCCAUCAUACUUCUCCAGCAACGGCGGCUGCAAAGAGGAACCAGCUGCGAAUGAUCCCAACGACGAUAGCCGUUUGGGGCCCAUCAUCAACGGCUUUUCGCUGGCCAGCUUUCGACCAGCCAAGCAUUUCAAUCGUGCGCAGGCGAUGCGAUCGUUGCGAAGCGUCGCUUUCCGGUCCUUCCGUCCGUUCCGAUACCGUAAGUAGGUCUGCGCAGCUCUGUCCCAGCUGCAACUGUUCAACCCGAUUUGAGAGAAAUAAACAAAGACAACUAACAGAGAUGAGAAGCUCCACACGCUGAAAGCAGCUAACUAUUAUCAACUAUUAUUUAUUGUUUGCUACAGUUAGAAGCGCAGAAACUCGUAGUUGCUAAAAGAAAACAAAAAGAUACCAACGAUAGGCGUCGGCUCAGCCGGAGACACGUGAGGCGGAAUACUCUUACCCAAACAAUUACCAUUUCGAAAACGGCGAUCCAGGACGGAAUGCAAAACAAAAGUACUAUAUUCGAAAACUGAGUCUCAAUUAGCUUUAGUUUAUUAUUCUUGAAUGUUGUUAGCCUUUUCGACAGAACUGAACUUAAAUACUUAAUCUCCCAUAAAUUGUUGAUUUGGGGAGUUUGUUUUUUGGUGAAUUGGCAUCGGAAAACAUUACUCCUGGAUUGAAUGUGAUAUGUGACUAAUGUUAAUUUAUUUUGUAUUUGAUUUGUUGUAAAGAUCUUAUUUUUUUUUUUGGAACACAGAGCGCGCAAAAUUUAGAUCUAUUUCGUUUCGCGAAAUUACUGACCUGAAUGGAUUUAGUGCUUAGAGAACAGAGAGUAUAAGUUUCGUUUGUAAUUGGAGAAAACGGUAGGACAUGGAGGGGAGGGAGAUGGCAUCAUGACCACUUUGGUAGCACAAAAUCGUCAUCAACACUAAACCGAUUAUCAGAAACCCCAGACGUGAAGUCGUUCGACUCGCAAAUUAAGAUUUCUUCGGACCUAUUUUAUUUUAUUUAUGUUUAAAUUUACGCGAAUAGUCCUCAACGUCAUAUGAUUCCAUGUGAUAUGACAUGAAACAAAUGAAUCAUAUGCUCAUAUCUCGGAUGCCAUCUCCCGUCUCCAGUUUAUAUUAUCCAGAAAAAAUAUUGGAAAUGCAUUACAACUGCUAAAGAUCGAACUAUUA